UUACAAUAGAAAGCUUGGGAAUGGAGAAACCUUUUGCCGUAGAUGGUUGGUUUAUUCAGAUUCUAAAAACUCCGUAUUUUGUUUUUGCUGUCUACUUUUUGAUAAUAAUUCAAAGUCAAACUUAGUCUCUGAUGGUUUCAAGAAAUGGAGACAUUUAACUGAAACAUUGGGAAUUCAUGAAAACAGCGUCUCUCAUAUGAAAUGUUAUCAACAGUGGGUAGAAACUGAAAUAAGAUUAAAAACUGGAAAAACUAUAGAUAAUGAAGAAAUUAAAAUUAUAGAAAAAGACAGUUUGCGAUGGCAAAAUGUUCUUCUUCGGCUGAUGAAUAUCACUCUUUACCUAGCUGAAAAUAAUAUGGCUUUUCGAGGGAGUUCGGAUAAACUGUUUACGCCUCAAAACGGCAAAUUCUUAGGACUAAUACAGAUGGUUGCAAAAUUUGAUCCUGUGAUGCAAAAGCAUUUAGCACUUGCAAUAAAAGGUGACACUUCAGACCAUUAUUGCGUGAGCCGAUGGAAAAUUUUAAUUGAUCAUGUUAAAAUUGUGCAUUUAAAGUAACUCUGUGACACGCGGUGGGAAGCAAAAAUAAGUAGUGUUAAAGCCGUUCGUUAUCAAGUUGGUGAUGUACAUGACGCUUUGAUAGCAUUGUCAGAAAUUGAAGGAUGUAAUCCUGAAACUGCACAUGAAACGAUAACUCUAGGAGAGCAAUUAAAAGAUUUUAGCUUUCUUGUCUCUUUAAUUGUCUGGUAUGACGUUCUUUUUCAAAUCAAUAUUGUUAGUAAAACUCUUCAAGAAAAAGACAUGGACAUCACUCAAUGUGCAAAGUUAUUGAAAAACUGUUGUUCAUUUUUAGAAAACUAUAGAAAAUGUGGUUUUAAAGAUGCAAUUAUAAAAGCAAAGGAUUUGGCGAUAGAAUUACAAGUGGAGCCUGUUUUUAAACCACUUAAAAGAAUAAUACGAGUGAAACGCCAUUUUGACGAACCAGCCGAAGAUGAGAUUUAUUUAUUUUCUCCUGAAAAAAAAUUAGAAAUCGAUUUCUUCAAUCCUCUUUUAGGCACAUCUUUAAUUUCAAUGAGAGAAAGAUUUAUACAGUUGGAGAAUUAUUCCGAAGUUUGGGGUUUUUUGUAUAAUGUCGAUAGUUUGCAAAAAAGAGAAGAAAUUAAAAUCAUGUUAGCUCUUCAAAGUAAACUUACCGUAAAUCUAAAAUCGGACAUUAAUGGUAUUCUCCUUUGCGAUGAACUGAUGAGCAUUAAAGCUUUUCUUUCUGAAAUGGUCAAGGAUAAAAUUACUCCUAUUAUUGUUUUAAACUUUAUAAAACAGCACAAAAUGCAAGAUUUGUAUCCAAACACAUGGAUUGCAAUGCGAAUUUUGCUAACAAUACCUGUCACUGUAGCGAGUGGAGAAAGAAGCUUUUCCAAAAUGAAACUAAUAAAAACCUAUGUGCGGUCAACAAUGUCGCAGGAUAGACUUUCAAGUUUAGGAACCCUAUCGAUUGAAAAGAAUAUUGCUGAAAAUCUUGAUUUUUCAACCCUAAUCAAAGAUUUUGGUGAUAAGAAGGCUUGCAAGAUUAAUUUAAAAAAUUAA